GGGGAACUCUCUGGCAUUCAAAUUCAAACUCGACUCCACCACUACAAGAAAAAAAAAGAGGGAGAGAGAGAAACCAAAAAUAUAGUCUUUUUUUCACAGCUAUCAGUUUCUUUCACUAAGCCUUCUGAAACUGGAACCUCUGCAGAAUACUAAACACUCGGGCCUUACCUAGAGACAUGGACAAAUGUAUGUAUGCUCUCAUUUUAUAGAACUUGAAAUUCUUUUUUUAAGGAAGGAGUCAACUUUGGCCUUGAGUAUCUGGCAUGGGUACAAAGGCUUAAAAACGCAGAUGACCAGCUUAGCUACUGACCAUGCUGACCACUGUCUGGAAUCGGAACAAAUUAAAGAAAAACAACGAAUGGCUCUCUCUUAUAGAAUAUUCGAACAACGCACAAUUUCUGAGCACAUUUUGCAGAGCUCAUUUGACCAUGUAAUCUCUUCUAACUGGUCUGGAUUACAGACAGAAUCGAUACCAGACGAAAUGAAACAGAUUGUUGAGGAACAGGGAAAUAAGCUGCACUGGGCAGCUCUUCUGAUACUCACGGUGAUAAUACCCACAAUUGGUGGAAACAUCCUCGUUAUUCUGGCUGUUGCACUGGAGAAAAAGUUACAGUAUGCUACCAAUUAUUUCCUAAUGUCCCUGGCAGUGGCUGAUUUGCUGGUUGGAUUGUUUGUGAUGCCGAUUGCCCUCUUGACAAUAAUGUUUGAGGCUAUGUGGCCCCUCCCACUGGUUCUAUGCCCUGCCUGGUUAUUUCUUGACGUUCUUUUUUCUACCGCAUCCAUCAUGCAUCUCUGCGCCAUUUCAGUGGAUCGUUACAUAGCCAUCAAAAAGCCAAUCCAGGCCAAUCAAUAUAACUCACGAGCUACAGCAUUCAUCAAGAUUACAGUGGUGUGGUUAAUUUCAAUAGGCAUUGCCAUUCCAAUCCCUAUUAAAGGUAUAGACACUGAUGUGGGUAACCCAAACAACAUCACUUGUGGGCUGACAAAGGAUCGUUUUGGCAAUUUCAUGCUCUUUGGCUCAUUGGCUUCCUUCUUUACACCUCUGGCGAUCAUGAUUGUCACCUACUUUCUCACUAUCCAUGCUUUACAGAAGAAAGCUUACUUGGUCAAAAACAAGCCACCUCAACGCCUAAUGUGGCUGACUGUGUCCACAGUUUUCCAAAGGGAUGAAACACCUUGCUCAUCACCAGAAAAAGUGGCAAUGCUGGAUGGUUCUCACAAGGACAAAACCCUGCCCAAUGCAAGUGAUGACAUACUUAUGCGAAGAACGUCCACAGUAGGAAAAAAGUCAGUGCAUACCAUUUCCAAUGAACAGAGAGCCUCAAAGGUUCUAGGGAUUGUGUUUUUCCUCUUUUUGCUUAUGUGGUGCCCCUUUUUUAUUACAAAUAUAACUUUAGCUUUAUGUGAUUCCUGCAACCAGACUACUCUCAAAAUGCUCCUGGAGAUAUUUGUGUGGAUAGGCUAUGUUUCCUCAGGGGUGAAUCCUCUGGUCUACACCCUCUUCAACAAGACAUUUCGGGAUGCAUUUGGCCGGUACAUCACCUGCAAUUACUGGGCCACAAAAUCAGUAAAAACUCUCAGAAAAUGCUCCGGUAAUGUGUACUUCCAGAAUCCAAGGGCAGAGAACUCUAAAUUUUUUAUGAAACAUAGAAUGCGAAAUGGCAUUAAUCCUGCCAUGUACCAGAGUCCAAUGAGGCUCCAAAGUUCAACCAUUCAGUUUUCAUCAAUCAUUUUACUAGAUACACUUCUCACCGAAAAUGAAGGUGACAAAACUGAAGAGCACAUCAGUUAUGUAUAGAGUAAUGGCACAGUUUUUAUAAACUAAUAUAAUGACGAGU